CGUUAUUAAUAAUUGUUUAUACACGAACUGCAGUAAAUACCGUUUUGGAAUAAGCUUUUAGAGAAACUAAAUAGAGAUAAAUUAGUUUCUGAAUCAAUAACAAAAGAUGAAAGUAAAGUUUUGGAAUCUAGUUUUGACCUAUUUCUUCGUUGGCGGGAAUUGCAAUCGACCUCAAAUACCAAUGGUUGAAAUCUCACACUUUUUCACCAAUUCUCAAAUUAACCAAACCCUGGCCGUGCAUAAUAUGUACCGGAAAUCUGUAUCGCCUCCAGCGGGAGAUAUGACGAGGAUGCUUUGGGACGAAGGGCUCGCUGAACUCGCCACGGCAUAUUCGAGAACAUGCCCUACCUACAGUAGCGAUGCAGACACAGGGGACACAGGUUACUUAUGGAUUGGCGAGAACAUGUUCAUAUCAAGCAAUGUUCCACUGGACGAUGAUUACAUCCCUAACAUGAUCAAGCAAUGGUUUGAUGAGGGGAAAGACUUCAGUAAUGGUAUAUGCAAGGGUAGAACAUGCGGACAUUAUACCCAGUUGGUGUGGGGGAUAUCUUACAAAGUUGGAUGUGGGAUGACUACAUGUGACCAGGUGGACAUUGGAGGGACAAUACAUAACACCCCUACUAUAGUUGUGUGUAACUAUGUGCCCGGGGGUAACUUCUCACCUGUCCCCUACAAAAGGGGGCCAGCCUGCAGCCUUUGUCAAACCGGCCAGAUAUGCAUAGACUCAUUGUGCGAGGUUGCCAACCCGAAAAACUUCACGGUCGUCACCACACCAAGUAACUCAUGGAAAUGUUCCCCACCAUGGAAACUACUCAUCACAGCAGCAAUAAUGGUGUUGGGCUUUUUCGCUUAAAAUGUUUGUUAUAAUAAAUAAACAAAGUUAUUGUUUG